GCGAGAAAAGGAGAGAGAGAAGAGAUUGUAUCUGUGUGUGAUUAUUAGGCCCACUCUGCCAACCAGCCAGUUUAAGCAAGUCAAUGCGUGGAUACUUCAAUAUUUUCUUAUCAAACGUCGAGUUGGGAUGCAUACACAGCGAUGUCGGCUCAUGGACUCUUCUUACCCUUACAAUCUUACUAUUGUUAUUAUUCACAUCUUUUAUAUAUCGUCCUAUCUCCGUGCCACGAUGCAGGAUUCAAACAGUGUUUCCAGUAUAGUUCGCUGUCAAUUAUGAAAACUUCCUCUUAUAAAGAUGCUGCAUUCACGGCGUAAAAAACAUAAUGUCCACACCGGUCGAGGAUGUUAGCUAAUAACAAUAAUAAUAAUAAUGCCAUAUCACUGCUAGUUUGGCUGCUUUGUAUGUGGACCACAACAGGGUUCGCUACGAACGCUGCAUUAGACUAUGACCAAAUUCACAUCCUUGGCCUCUGCGACCCGGACAUUUACAAAGAUUGCGUCGACGCCUUCACCAACUUUUUACCCAACAGAGACAACGUAGGACCUUUUGAGACGUUUUAUUAUAAUUGGUCGGUGAUUAAGGCCAAAAAGGAUUUCGCUACAGGACUACGAGAGAUGGACGGUGUGUGCAGCAAAUAUACAUACCACGUGAUGGUAGCUUUCGGUUUAACACCGACAAUGAUGACAGCAGCGCUUACAGCUGACACGUUCAACAUAACGCUUUUGGCUUAUGACACGACGCCUGGACACAUUUUGACCCUGGAAAACUCCAUGAUGGUCCAAAUGAACAGAUCGCCAUAUUACUCAGGAGAAGCUAUGGCGCUGCUCUUGAGCCGAUUCGGCUACUAUUGGGUUAGCUUUAUUUAUCAAGACACCUAUUUGGAAGACGGAUUCUACACUAGGUUUCUGGAAGAAGGAGGAUUAUACGGUGUAAGAAUGUAUCUGAAUGUAAGCGUUUCCCACGCCGAUAACUGGAUGAUAUUACAAGAUAAACUGAAAAAAAUUCAACAAAGUGCCUUCAAAAUUGUUGUUAUACACUGCGACGUGUUCCUUAUGAAGCGUGUGGUUCAAAUAGGAAAACUCCUUAAUCUUUUCUCGCACAAUUAUGCCUGGUUUUUAUCUGAUUUUGCCACUGAACACAAUCAAUUGGCCGAUUAUAGUUUACCUGUCGGUCUUGUGGGUCUUGAGAGAUCGAGGCCGUACGGUUAUGUAACGCAGUUGGAGAAUAUACUUCGGACUAUAGUCCAGCAUUUCCAGUCUGACGGUAUAUCAGAUUUAGCGUAUCGGGAAUUCUCGCUAAGUGACGUUGUAAAUGAUUCAUAUAUUUUCAAUACCAGUUCUGUAAGAUGGUCAAGAGAACUGAGGCUGAGCCUUGAAUCCAGUGGAGAAAUACUGGAUUAUACCCAAGACAGCAGCAAUUAUACUUUCCAAAUAUUAAAUUUAGUCAAAGACCUAAAAGGGACAAAAAUAUGGAAAUUUGUUGGAGCAGUCGAUAAUUUCUAUGUAAAUUUAAGCACGGUGGCUGAACUUCCGGGUCGGCGGGAGAAUGCUACGCACCGUUUUCGCAAACUUUAUAGCAUCAUUACCAAAGUUUCACCACCAUUUAUCAUGCAAAAAGAGGCCUUUUCCGAAGAUGGUGACUGCUAUUCGUACGUGCCAUGUGUUCAGGUAGCCAAUGAAAGUGAUGUUGAUAAUGCAUUCGAAGACUACUUGCUUACUAAUCGAUACGAUCAUGACAAAUUCAGUGUUUCUUGCUGCACAGGAGUGACCAUAGAUAUCUUGGUCAAGCUGGCGACGGACAUGGAAUUUGAUUUCAUCCUCUUCUUUCUCAAAGAACCUUUCGAUGGAAACUACACGUAUGAUUCAGGAAGUUGGAAUGACACGUUAAUGUACCUGGAAGAUGACAGAGUCGAUAUAGUGGCAGGGCCGCUCAGUAUAACAGUAGAACGGGUAAGGUAUAUCACAUUCACUGAGGUGUAUUUUUACACUGGCUUCUCCAUGAUUACCAUGAAGCGAGAGCGUGAAACUUCCAUGGACGCCUUUCUAAUGCCUUUUUCCGUGGAGGUAUGGAUCGGCAUAGCGAUAAGUGCCACAGUUACUGCCGUAGCAACAUCAUUGUUCGAGUGGAACAGUCCAUUUGGACUCAACCCUAAGGGGAGAAAACGGGAGCGCAACUAUACCCUUGGUUCAGCACUCACUAUGGUUUAUUCAGUGCUUUUUGGUCAUAUUGUGCGCACCAAAUCCCCUAAAAGUUGGCCAGGAAAAGUACUUCAGAACUUCUGGGCAGGUCUUGCAAUUUUUAUGAUUGCAAGUUACACUGCUAAUUUAGCUGCAUACCUGGCAGGCCGCUCCGAGCAGUCGGAUUUACUAAACAUAAAUGAUGAACGGACUAUUUUUGAACUUCAUUUUCUCACUGUGAAUUUAAUACCUAUAAAUACAAAGGUUUCAAAGCUCCAUAUUACUCAUCUGGAUUCAUAA